GCAAUUGGAGGUUGAAACAACGCUUUUUGUCUCAUCUCAUAUCUCUCCUUCUUCUUCUUCUCCAUCUCUCUCUCUCUCUCUCUCUCUCACAAAUCUUUUCAGGCGUAACGAAUCGAAUCAUAAACACUUAAAAAGCAGAAACAAAAACUAAACCGACCAUAAGAUUCGAAGGGUUCUUCUUAGUUUCGACAGAUUCUUACCCGUUUUAGUUGUUACACUGAUCUUUCCUUUUUGGUUUUUUAUAAAACAUCCUCCUUCCUUCUUUAGUAUUCUGGACAAAACAAGAAUUAGGGUUCUUUCAAAAUCUUUGCUAAAGAAAAAUGGGUGUUGAGAAAAUGGUGUGUUUGGCUUCUCGCACUGGUCGUCAGUUUCAGAGAUACAACAAAGGUCGUCGUCAAGUCGUUGGAUGUGUUCCGUAUAGAUUCAAGCUAUCUAACGAUGGGAAAAUAAGUGACGAAGUAGAAGUUCUUGUCAUCUCUUCGCAAAAAGGUCACGCCUUGAUGUUCCCUAAGGGUGGUUGGGAGCUUGAUGAAUCUGUAGAAGAAGCUGCUUCAAGAGAAUGUCGUGAAGAAGCUGGAGUUCUUGGCAACAUUGAGCAUCAACUUGGAAAAUGGGAUUUUUUAAGCAAAAGCAGAGGAACAUACUAUGAAGGGCUAAUGUUCCCUAUGCUUGUUACAGAACAACUUGAGCUUUGGCCUGAACAACAUCUUAGGCAACGAAUCUGGAUGAAUGUAACCGAAGCAAGAGAAGCUUGUAGAGAUUGGUGGAUGAAAGAAGCGUUAGAUGUUUUGGUUGAGAGACUCUCAUCACCAAUGAAUCAACCAAAGGAAGAGAAGACUAUCUCUAUCUCUAUUGAGACAAUGUGCUGAUGAAGUCAUCCAUGAUUGCUAAAAUUGCUGAUUUGUGAUGGGGAGUUUUUAUAAAACUAAUGGAUCCUCUGUAGGUAUAAAAUAGAUGAUGGGUUUCAACUAGUUAUUGAGACAGCUAAAAAAUCAAUUCGAAAAUCAGAUACAGAGCAGGAAAAAAAAUAGAUGGUAGAGUUUUUUCUAGGUUAUGGUCCUCUGGAGCAAGUUUUAACAUCAUUGUGAUUUAAGAAGUCUUGUGUGUUUGUGUUUAUAAUGUUUCUGCAAGAACUUCUUAAGGGUUUGAUUAAGUUAAGUAAGAGGGAAGAAGAAGAUUACUAUAAACUUAGAGUGCAAGCAAAAACCUGUACAAUUGUGUUUCCCUCUUGUUUAUGUUUCCUCUAUCUCUCUCUCUUUCUUGAAUUGGCAAUGGAGACAUUUUGGUUUCAACUUUCAUGA